AUGAGAAGAAACCUCGAUAAAAGAGCCAAGAAAACCAAAGCACCUGCCAAAAAGAAGAAGGAGCCCGAAACGUUUGAAGAGUUCAUGGACGAGGCUAUUCACAAUGAAGAGCAAGGUGAACGUUACCAAACCGGAGACAAGGCUCAGCGUAAUUAUGAAAGAGCAGCAGAUAUGUAUGGCAAAGCUUCAGCAGCAAAUCCAAAGGAUGCAGAUUGCGUUUAUAAUUGGGGUCGAGUUUUAUUCUUGCUUAUCAACUUCUUACCAUCCCAUGCGUCUCCUGAAGAGAAACUGGAAAAAGUAGAUCAAUCUAUCGAGAAAUUCAGAGUGGCAUUGGAUCUGGAACCAAACAAGACUGAUGCCCAAUUUAAUUUGGCUCAAGCACUUCAUCAACGAUCAGAAAUUCUGCAAGAAACAACAGAGAUCGAGAAUGCCUACGCCGCUUCUGCUGUAGCUUUACAAGAAGCAAUUACAUUGUUCGACAGUAUGUAUGAUCUUCAGGAAAAGGAGUAUUUAGAGCUGAAUUCAUCUGAAGAGGAAGAAGAGAAACAUACUCAUGACCAUGAGCAAAGUGAGCAGCCCACAACUGCAUCAACACCAUCUGAAGAGUUCACUACUGUCACCAAAGUAGAACCCACGACAGCCUACUCUCUGGUUGAAACCUUAUUGUCUACUUCGGAAACCAUGACAACCAUGGCAUCCAUGCUCGCUUCAUACCCUGCGUCUAUGGAUCUGUUUAGCCGAGCCAAAUCAAAGCUGGCAGCUGCUGAAAAAUGGUACUCUCAAAUGCCCAAUGAGUCAACAGACGACAAUGUGGAUGCAGAAAAACAGAAAAAUGCAGCCCGUAUUCAAAUUAACUCAAAGCAAUCAGCAAUGUACGCUGCUAUGGCAGACCGCUCAUUUUUGGCAACAGGUGUUGUGGACAGCACGCUGUUUGAGAAAUCCAUCGACCAACUGAACGAGAUUGUGACAAAAUACGACAAGAAGAAUGUGGAGGCACUUUGUGAUCGAGGCGAUGUCCUAUCUUCCUUUGGACAAGCUAUUCGUGAAGUCGCUGAUAAGAAGAAGACGGCACUGAAUCCUGAUACAGAUGGUAAAGAAGUAUGGAAGCUAUACGCUAAUGCCAUGAAAUCAUUUCAAGAAGCUAUGGCAUUGGAGCCCAAAAACACACAUAUUCUAAACAAGAUGGGCGAUUUGAGUAUUACUCGUGCUGCGUUGGAUUUGCCAGUUGCUAAACGCAACCAACGACAGCUGCUCGAUAAUGCAAAGGUUUACUAUCGAAACGCUGUGCAAGUUGAUAGAGAUGCCUUGACCAGUGGCUACUUGGGCUGGGCAAUGACAGAAUGGGCCCUUGAGGAGUGGGCAGAGGUCCCUGAUAAAAAGGAAGAUGCCAUCAAAAUCAUAGAAGCCUGGAUCAGACGGGGUGGUCAUGGUGCUCUGUUCAGCAAUUUGGCUGACGAUAAUGAUGUAUUAGACGAAGAUUUCGUUGAUUUCAUCAUGGAAUCUUGCUUUGCUAAUGAAGAAGAUUGA